AUGAGUGCAAUCCUUUCUGCAGACGAUUUGAACGAUUUCAUCUCUCCGGGGGUUGCUUGCAUCAAACCCGUUGAGAGUCUACCACAGAAAGAAUCUCAAUCGGAGAAUCCCUAUGAAGUGACAACGGAAGACAAAGUUCAACGGGAAAACCUUCCCCCGGCUCAGAUUUCAUUGACUGACUGUCUUGCAUGCUCCGGAUGUGUCACAUCGGCGGAAGCAGUGUUGAUAUCCUUGCAAUCACAUACGGAGGUUCUCAAUACUCUUGAUUCGUACCCUGAAUUGCCGUUGAACUUUGGAAGCGAUCAAGGAGCUAUCCAAAAUGUGGAAUCAGCAGACGGCGAUUGUCGCAUCUUUGUUGCUAGCAUCAGUCCUCAAGUCAGGGCGAGCUUGGCAGCAACGUACGGAAUUACCGAGCGGGAGGCAAAAUAUAUGAUUGAUCAAUUCCUCAUGGGCCCUCAUGGUCUCAGGGCUGGUGGAAAACACCGCAAUGGGUUUACCUGGGUUGUGGACACGAACAUCAUGCGUGAAGCAGUGUUGGCUCUGACAGCGGACGAGGUCACCAGUUCUUUAUCAUCAGCCGAACCGGGCAGCCUUCCCAAGCGACCAAUCCUUUCAUCCGCUUGCCCCGGCUGGAUAUGUUACGCUGAGAAAACACACCCUUUCAUCCUUCCUCAUUUAUCUCGCCUCAAGUCUCCUCAGGCUUUGACUGGCACGUUUCUGAAGUCAGUGUUAAGUAAAGCGCUUGGGGUCUCGCCUUCUCAGAUAUGGCAUUUAGCUAUCAUGCCAUGCUUCGACAAGAAGCUCGAGGCAAGCCGGGAAGAGCUCACUGACAUCGCAUGGGCUUCAGCCUCCACUGAGUCACAACCACCCGUCCGCGACGUUGACUGUGUCAUAACCACCCGUGAGCUACUAACCUUAGCUUCUGCUAGGGGAAUCCCUUUGUCCAAUUUGCCGCUCAAAGCGUUGCCCACGUCGUGUUCCACGCCGUUUCCAGACCGAGCCUUGGACUCAUUUUUGUUCUCGAAGAGCUCGUCAGGUCAAACAGUCGAAUCGGGGACAUCUGGAGGCUAUCUUCAUCACGUCCUCAAAAUCUUCCAGGCCAGGAACCCCGGCAGCAAGAUUGUCAUACAGCGUGGGCGCAAUGCUGAUGUUGUGGAAUAUGUGCUCAUGUCGUCUGGGGACGAGCCUGUUUUGAAGGCGGCUCGGUAUUACGGCUUCAGGAAUAUACAAAACCUUGUCAGAAAGCUUAAACCUGCACGCGUGUCCAGGCUUCCAGGUGCCAAGCCGCAAGCAACUUCGUCAAAUGCAAGUCGACGACAACACAUGUCAAGGAACGCAGCUCCCGCUGGAACAGGCACUGACUAUGCAUAUGUUGAAGUCAUGGCUUGUCCUGGUGGCUGUACCAAUGGAGGUGGACAAAUGAGAAUUGAAGAUGCCAGGGAAGCUGUUCCGAAUGGAUUAAAAGAGUCAUUGACUGAAGUUCCUGUGGCUGCGUCGAAACCCACGCCGCAUGAGCAGCGCGCCUGGCUUGCCCGGGUAGAUGAGGCGUAUUACUCUGCGGACUCGGAUAGCGAGGAAUCUGGCACAACGGAGCCGGUUUCUGUCCUGUCAAGGGAUAUCGAGAUUCAUGAGUUCUUGAAGUAUUGGUCGGAGAAGAUCGAUAUACCCCUUUCCCGGCUGGCGUACACGUCCUAUCGCGAAGUGGAGAGUGACGUGGGUAAGACGCAGAAUGCGCCCAACGAAACUGCUCGUGUUGUUGAGUUGGCAGGAAAGAUCGGAGGUGGUUGGUGA